CCUUGGCAUUCAGAACCCGUACCUCCCACGUGCCUCCGUACGCCUCACCUCCCGGACAACAUCACCGCGCUGCUGGGCAGGCGCUUCGACCACUUCAAUUUGAACGCUACCACGCCCAGGGGAUCCCCAGCGGACGACGCAAGAAUGGCAGAAACCGUUGCUGCGGGCGCCGCAUCUUCAAAGCCCAGCGGCGGCAACGCCGCGGCCGCGCCCUCCCCGACAACGAGCAUCCCCGCCUAUGAACAACAGCGGCAGCAUCUGAAGGACCUAAUCAACCGUCGCCGGAUGCUUGAAAGGCAAUUAGCCGCAACAGAAGAACAGAUAUCGGCCAAAGAGACAGAAUACCUCGAGAGCACGCCCGGCGGGAACAUCAUCAUCGGGUUCGACAAUUAUACCAAGGGCACGAGCACGGCGGCCGCCCAGCGCCGCAAGACGGGCCUGACGGACCAGAACCGGGUGUUCUCUAGGAGCUCGGUGUCGUACAACGCUGCUGCGGCGGACGCGCAAACUCCCGGCUCCUCGCACGCGCCGACGCCCAUGUCGAGCACUUUCGGGAACAACAGGGAUGGCGGCGCAUCGAGCGCGCCCACGCCGGCGAGUGCUUCGGGGACAGGAGGAGGAGGAGGAGGCAGGGCAGCUGCGAGCAAGAAGAACAAGAAGAGUGGCGGCAGCGCGGCUGCUGCUGCUUCUGCUGCGGCGGCGGCGGCGGCGGCAGCGGAGGACAGUGAGACGGAUGGGAGAGACACCAAGAAAGUGCGGACUAGCUUCGGGGCGAGGAAGUGAUAUGAUACGCUGCGGCUCGAUCGCCGUGGUUCAGAUCAAUUCUGCUUGUGGGUUGGAAAGGGGGGAAGGGCGUUGAUAUGGGUUAUACAAGAUAUCGGGGCAUACCCUUUGGUGAUGUAUACUGGGGAGUUUGGGAGUAACUGGCGAGGGGUUUAUGGAGUUGGGUGCAAACAUUUUGUUUGCGAACAUAUCAAGGAUCUGACAAGCUUCGACGGCCUGGGAAUCGACGCGUCAAUGAUUCUGCGAUGCUUUACAGUGGUUCCCCAUGGCACACACCUCCUGCCUAUCCUGGACUCUCUACCCGCCGUGAGCUGACUCCUCAAGUGCGGGGCUAUUGUUGCCCCUCA